UCAAACUAUAAAAAUUUAUCAUACGAAACUUGUCAAAACAACAGUAAUAUAAUGUUUGGAAAUUUUCUAUUAAAAUUUCAAAUUCUUCAUCUUGUAUUGCAAAAAAUUUUAGAUUAUUCUAUAAAAAUUCUUCAAAUAAUUUCAAAAACUAUGUUUCCUUUAAAACAAUUUUUUGGUUUCAACAUUAAUAACCUAGAACUUUAUCCACGACGUAGAGCCACCGAAUUCUAUUAUGAACCACAACCCUCCGAAGAAUAUCAAAGUCGUCAUAGUGAACAUCCACAGGAUAAAUUGCAAAAUAAAAAUGUGGAAACAAAUAAUUGGCAACGCAUAGCACCGCCUAGAAAUUCGGAUAUGCGUAUGUUUCGUAAUAGUUAUUUUUCGUAGAUCAAGUGAAGGAAACAAUGUGUAUUUGGUAUAUAUUUUGUUAACGAAAUUGUUUUAUUUUAAAUAAAGUAAUAAUGAAAACUUAAUUAAGUAAUAGUUUAAAUAGUGAACUAUAUAAUGAA